AUCGUAGGCCCAUUUGCGUCUUCUAGUGGUCGGGGAUGCCGUCCAAAAUGCUGUCUACGUAGUCAGCUUCUCAGGAUUUGAGCCACGGCCCGCGUGUGGCGUUGAGCGGGGUCCUUGCGCACACAGGAAGGGGAGAGAGCUGGUAGCUAGCAGACAGCGGGCAACUGUAAACAACUCACUUUUAUAAACCUCACAAAUCAAUCAUACCUUACGUUGACUUGCUCAUCCAUUUGCAUGGCUUUUGAAAGGUUGCUUUAAAACCGCGUUUGGCUGUAUACCCGCAAACUGUUCUAUUAUUACCGCAGGUUUGCGUUAUUUACAGAGCUGGGAUGUAAGCAGCUAGAGAAGCGCGCACCCGACUGUUACAGCUAACGUUUCUGUCAAUACGAACCGCUUUACUUUCUUCAUAAUUACUCUCUCAUCUGUAUUACCAUUAUAAAACAUAUAUAAGAUGACAGGUCAUGUGUAACGGGGUGAUACAGUACUAAUUUGACCGUGAGCAAUGUUUUUAGAGGGGUUUGUUAGCUUGGCGAAGGUUUGUUUUCUCUGUUAGCAUUUAAGCUAACGCUAGCUCUUUUAAUAUCCUCCUACGAAAAAGCUCAUAACUUUUGAUAAAUGUUAUUUUUUAUUUACGUAACGCCUUUAAAAAGGUGUUCUAUCGGUCUAAAACAAAUUCUCCGAGGAUUUUCAUGUUAAAAGUAAUUUAGGCGAGGGUGACAGGCUAUCUUAACUUUACUAAGGUAAAUUUGACUGGCUAAAAAAUUUAGUUGCCAUAUACAGUAUUGAAAUGUUAAAAAGCUUAGAAUGGGGUCAGUGUUUCCAUAAACAAGUCUUUGAGCUGGCUGGACCAGUACUAUGGAAGUUCCUGGAAAUGUCAGUGCAAUGCAGAUGAAGGAGCGCAGCAGAAAAACUGAUGGAUACCAAAAACUGCUAAGAUGAAUUAACCAGGAAUCAAAUGGUUUUGAAAGCCUCCAAACAUGGGUGAUAUGAAGACCCCUGAUUUUGAUGAUCUCUUGGCUGCCUUUGACAUCCCUGAUGCAACCAGCCUGGAUGCCAAAGAGGCCAUACACGGGAAUCAAGAUGAGGGAGAUGGACACCUUAAGCACCCGGAGAUGUGUAUGGAUGCCACGGUUUUGAUCCCUCACCCAGUGCCUACAACCGAUGCCCCUGCUGUCAGUGUUAUAGUAAAGAACACUAGCCGCCAGAACUCCUAUGAAAAUCUUGUGGAGAAGGAGAGUUUUCAUUUGGGGCACCUUUUACAAAAUGGGUUCAAGAGUUCAGCAGGCUCACUGGAGACUCAUCCCUCCAGCUUUCCAAGGCUGGAUAGCUCUUCUGUCAACGGAGACUGCUCAAGACGUUCCAUGGAAAAGAUUCCUGUCCUCUACAAGAAUGAAAAAGUUUCCUCUCUAUCAGAGUCUAUGCCUCAGUUUAGCCCUAUAUCCAGCCCAGAAUCUGAAGACAUUCAUAGCAAUGGAAUUGAUGACCGUCCAAAAUCUGCAGAGGCCUCGUACUUCUCAUCUGAUUCACUCUUUACAUCUUCGCCUCUUCCUGUUUUAGACAAUCAUGGAAAACCAGACACAUCCAGCUUGACGUGCAAUGAAAGACAUCCUGGUUCAAAAGGUUUGGAUGAUCUUGGGUGUGAUGGCUCAUCUUUCAAAGAUGAUACAGUUGAACAAAUUUCUGAGACUAAAAGUGACAGCAUACAAGAUUGUGGAACAAAUGCGUAUCCAACUCCUGAGACGAACAUUUCUUCUUCCGACCCAUGCGUCAAAGCUCACAGCUCCAGAUUGUCGUCAUGCCUUGAUGCAUUAGCAGCCCUAAAUGCUAAAAAGGAUCCAGGUGGGCAAACUAAUUCAAAGGACUUCCCAGUUACCCCAAAAGAGACCAUGAAAAUUAGUCCAAAAAUACCAAUAUCGCCAAGGAGUCCAAGAAGUCCUCUGGAGGUGGUGAAACGUUUCGCGAAACAGCCUGACAGCCCAAUGAGUAUAUGCAGUGACAGCAGUGGUAAAGCAUCUCCAGCUGUCGCUACUGGCUCGCCUCCAGCCAUCCCACGAGUCAGAAUAAAGACAAUCAAAACCUCAUCUGGAGAAAUCAAACGCACCGUCACAAGCAUAUUGCCAGACUCUGAAACAGAAGAUCUUACAUCACCAUUUGGGUCAUCGCCAUCGCAGUCCUCAGUUGAAGAUGCCUUCUCAAAAACAUUGCCUUCGUAUCGUUCAAAUGAUACUAUUUCAGAGGUCAUUUUUGAAGAUGGAAAGCAGGAAGCCUCAAAGACACCGUUACUGGGGAGUAAAUCCAGCAUGAAAUCAGUGAGGAACUCAAAGAAACUUCAAACUCAAAAUAAUGGUCAUGCUCUAAAGACAAUGCAUGGUGGCAGCAAGCAAAAGAAGGCUGCUUCUGCUCAGAUUGGUUCUUUUGCUAAUACAAACUACCUACCGAAGGCAUUACACUUAGCGAACUUAAAUCUUGUGCCACAUAGCGUAGCUGCCUCGGUUACAGCAAGGUCUUCCACUAAUAGACAGGAGCCUUCUCAGUUAUCAUCGUCAAUGGUGUGCAGUUCUGUACCAUUGGUGCAUCAAGUUAAAAAAGUCUCCCCAAACACACGAGCUGUUGUUCCAAAUACUGCAGCUGGAACCUUAAACAGACUGUUGAAUUACUCAAACCCAGUGCCAACAUAUGUUCCUGACCUGAAUCCACCACCAGGCACCAAUAUCAAGCUCCCGCCACAAGGCUAUUGCUGCCUAGAAUGCGGAGACUCGUUCGGGCUGGAAAAGAGUCUUGCUUACCAUUACAGCCGUAGGAGUGUGCAUAUUGAAGUCGCAUGCACCCAUUGCUCCAAAACUUUGGUGUUUUUUAACAAAUGUGCUCUCCUGGCACACGCUCGAGAUCACAAGAACAAAGGCAUGGUGAUGCAGUGCACUCAGUUGUUUAUGAAGCCUAUUGCUGUUGACCAGAUGUUGGCGACCACCAAGCCUAAGCAGUCUGUAAAUCAGAUCCAUUGCGGGAACACCACCUCAGAGUCAGCCAAAAGCCAAGUGGUCUUGCCACUUCAUCCUGGCAAAGUUAUUAAACAUGGAUUCAAAUGUCUGGACUGUAAUAAACAGAUGUCAGACUACACAGCACUUGCGGGUCACUAUCAGAGAUCAACGGAGGCAGAAGGUCUGAUGUGCAAGAUUUGCUCAAUGCUGCUACCCAACAAGUGCAGCUACAGGGCCCAUCAGCGCAUUCACUCACACAAAUCUCCUUAUUGCUGUCCUGAAUGUGGGGCACUCAGUCGCUCAGUGGACAUCCAGAAGCAUGUGAAAGAGAAUUGUCUCCACUAUGCACGUAAAAUUGGCUACUCGUGUCUGCAUUGUGAAAUGCUUUUCAUGUCCCUGUCCCUCUUAAAGAGUCACAUUGAGGAGAAGCAUUGUGAGGUCUUCUAUAAGUGCACUAUUUGUCCUGUAGCCUUCAAAUCUUCUGAAGGUUGUCUAAUGCAUGUAAAAAACAAGCAUGGUGGCAGUGAACCCAACCAUCAGGUGAUCUACAAGUGUUCCUGUGAAACAGUCUUUAAGAGGAAGCAGUUGUUGUAUCAACAUUUUCAUCAUCGUAUAUGUGUGUUCAAGUGUCCAGAGUGCACUUCAUUCUUCCCAGAGAAGCUACUUUUGGUGCAACAUUUCAAGACUGUUCAUGGUGGAGUUUUCAGAGGUGAAGCAGAAAAAAUCCCCAAAAAGACAGAGACAUCAACUUUUUCUGAUGACAUGUCACCACAAAACCUCCAACCAAGGUUGACCAAACCAGUUAAUGAGGCCUGCAUGAAGGGAAGAGAGAGUUCUGCUGCGCACAAGUCAAGUGCUGGGGUUAAUAUGAAGAACACUGGUUGGACCUGUGGAGAAUGCCUCCUGUGGGUCCCUGACAAAGAAACCUACGUUAAUCACAUGAAGACCAGCCAUGGCAAGUUGGUAAAAAGGCAUCCAUGUCAACUAUGUGAAAUGUCCUUCAAUUCACCCAUGAGUCUUAAACGACACCUUCGAAGUGACCAUGAUGGGAGAAAGAAAGUGUACACAUGCUGGUACUGCACAACCGAGAGGAUGUCAUUCACUAAACACUCUAUGCUAAAGAACCACAUCAGCUUGAUGCAUGGAAUCAAGAACCCAGAUUUCAGCCAGAUGGCAGAGCUAGUGUCUCAGGAGGUGGUCAAACCCACAAGCGAGAAACGGAAAAGAAGAGCAGAGGAGGCUCGUGGAGUUGCAGGAAAUGGGGAAACAUCAUGCAGCGUCCCUGGCAAGCGACUUAAGCCACUUUAUCGCUGCGCCAAAUGUGGCUUUACCUCUGAAGACCAGGCCCAGUUUCAGGAGCACAUACCUCAACACAGAACCGACAGCGACGCACCCCAGUGCCAGCACUGCGGCCUUUGUUUCACCUCUCAGUUAGCACUCAGCAGACACCUCAUUAUUGUACAUAAGGUCAAAGAACCGGAGGAGCGUGAGGACUUUAUCAAUGAGGACACAGGGAAACGACAAGAACACUCAACAGACUUGAGCGAUGAAACCACACCUCUUUCAGCAAAAAAGACUGGCCUGUCCACAGAGGAGGAGCAAAGCAAACUCCACAGUGAGCUCACAGACAGUGCUUUCAACAACACACAGGCAUCAGAAACAAGUGGAUCUGAGGAAGAAAAGGCCUGAACAGAAGAAAGGACUCCAAAUGGAAAGCUGCUAAUCAACGUAAUUGCAAGCAAAUGGUUGCUGAAUAUGCAGCUGAUAAAUGUGGUACUGCAAACAUGUUGCCUUACAGUAAAAUACUAUAUCUUAUGUCAUUUAUCACAUAUAUGAAAUAAUGUUUAAAACAGACACUCAUUCAGAGUUUUAUUGCAUUUAUUAUUAUUAACUUAACUGUUAAAUUCUGCCAAUUAAUUGUCACUUUUUACUGCUUACUUGUCCAUCCUAUGUAUGUGGAUAAUCAUAAUUUAUUUUUGUUUAAUUGCAAAAGUAUCAUGUCACUGUGUUACAAUGUGUUCGCUACAGAGCAAAUGUAUGUUUUUGUUCAUGUACCACGUCAAAACCUGUCUUGGGUACAUUACAACGCAGGAAAUGCUAUGUAUGUUACUUAAUGUAGCCAUAAGUGAGACAGUCAUGUAAUAUUUGGGCUGUUUUCAGGGUCACCAAAAAUGCUGAAGAAUUUAGUACCUUUGAUGGUCAAUCUUUGGUGGUGCUUAUGCUGUGCUGGUCUUGAAGGAAGGGCAUGUCUAAUGUUUAUUUUAUAUUUAUUAGGUAGCCUGCUUGUAUCACAAAGCUAAACAUCUGUAACUGUAUUGCUACUAUGGAGAUUACAUUAUUCUAAAAGGUAUUCACUUAAACCCAGGUAUCUGCACUCAAAGAGAAAAUAUAUUUUCAUAUUCAUUCCAUGUAGAUUACUAGUUUCAAUUACAUUUAUAUUCAAUGAGCCAUUCUUACAAUCAAAUUUAGCACUUUUGUAAAUGCUUGUAUGGGAAAAAUAAUUUGCAUAUUAAAGACAUCAGAGACUCAA